UAUUUUAUUUAUGAAGUUCUCCGAACCGCCUUCUCCAACCCACCGUUAACGGCUACCCCCGCCGCCUGUUUCUCUCCCUCCCCGCGUUUCGAACUUCUCCCCGAAGCAAUUCAAAACCAUCGACCUCGCAUUCCCAUCUAGGGUUUAUAUAUAUAUUUAUUGGUGAUCCCAUUCCCCUGAGAGAAACCUAGGGUUUUGAUAGCGAUGGCGAAGGAGGAGCACGGCGGAGACGUUGGCGGAGGGAGGCCGAGGCGGCGGCGAAGGUGGGCUUUUACGGUGGCGGCGGCGGUGGGCGCAGUGGUCGCCCUGUUCCUUGCCACCGCCGCGAGCUCGAGGAGCUUCCCAAAGCUCUCCAUCUCCGGGCUCUCCAAGAGGCCCUGCGAAUGCCCCGUUUUGAAGGAUCGGGAUUCGAGGAAGUACGCGGGUAUAGUGGAGGAUUGUUGCUGUGAUUACGAGACUGUAAAUUCUAUCAACGAGGAAGUGUUGCAUCCGAUUCUUCAAGAGCUCGUCACCACUCCUUUCUUCCGCUACUUUAAGGUCAAAUUGUGGUGUGAUUGUCCGUUCUGGCCUGACGAUGGAAUGUGCCGUUUUAGGGAUUGUACUGUCUGUGAGUGUCCAGAAAGCGAGGUUCCAGAACCGUUUAGGAGGAAGUCCUCUAGUGGUCUUUCUGCCGAUGAUAUGAUAUGUCAGGAGGGAAAACCCCAGGCGGCCGUUGAUCGGACUAUUGAUAGUAAAGCUUUCAGAGGCUGGAUUGAAGUAGACAAUCCAUGGACAUAUGAUGAUGAGACCGAUGAUGCUGAAAUGACAUAUGUGAAUCUCCAGCUAAACCCGGAACGGUAUACCGGAUACUCUGGUCGUUCAGCUUGGAGAAUCUGGGAUGCCAUCUACAAAGAAAAUUGUCCCAAGUAUCCUUCAGAAGAAUUUUGCCAGGAGAAGAAACUGUUGUACAAGCUGAUUUCAGGGUUACACUCCUCAAUUUCAGUACACAUAGCUUCAGACUAUCUCCUUGAUGAAUCCAGUAAUCUGUGGGGUCAUAAUCUUGAAUUAUUGUAUGAUCGUGUGCUGAAGUAUCCUGAUCGUGUUAGAAAUCUCUACUUCACCUUCCUCUUCGUUCUUCGAGCAGUGACAAAGGCAGCAGAUUACUUGGAACAAGCAGAAUACGAUACUGGCAACCCCCAAGAGGACCUGAAAACACAAUCUUUGGUGAGGCAAUUGGUAUAUAACCCCAAAUUACAAGCAGCAUGUCCUCUACCAUUUGAUGAAGCCAAGCUUUGGCAAGGUGAAAAUGGUCCUGAGCUCAAACAACAGAUUCAGAAGCAAUUUAGGAACAUCAGUGCGUUGAUGGAUUGUGUCGGAUGUGAGAAGUGCCGAUUGUGGGGGAAGCUUCAAGUUCUUGGUCUCGGGACUGCGUUAAAGAUUGUUUUCUCUCUUGAUGACCAAAAUCAGUUGAAUCAACCUUUGCAGUUGCAGCGAAAUGAAGCGAUUGCUUUAAUAAACCUUCUCAACAGACUAUCAGAGUCUGUCAAAUUUGUUCACGAGAUGGCCCCAACUGCUGAGAAAGUAGUGGAAGGAAAGAUUUCAUCAGCUGAGGGAAAGAGCAUUUCGUAGCUAUGGAGAAACGAAAAGAAUUAUACUGUCAUUCUAAUGCUGUGAGAUGGAAGUGGCAGCUGUUGUACUAGUUUCCUCUUCCCCUUAAGUUGGUGCUGUAAUCAUAGGAGCAGUUUCUAAAUAACAAAGGGUGCACUAGAGAGAGCAAUAAAGAAGAAAUAGAUAAUUUGUUUGAUGCUUCUGUGUAGAGUUUUUUGUUUCCUGCUAUUGAGAAAUCCAAAAGAUUUUUUUUUUCCCCUUUUUCUUCAGCUUUCUCUCUCCCCUUCGUGGGUACAUCUUGUACACUGCACCCUAAAAAUAUCAUAAUAGAGAUCUCAAGAUCUGAAUUUAAUUCGU